AUGUCUACAGGUGUAGGAAUGUCCAGCUGCUGCCUCUCAGGCAGAGUCCACAACGGCAAGCCCAAGGGCCGUGAGCAAGAAAUCGCCGGUCUCCAGACCUACGUUGCCGAGCCCGAGUCUGGCGACAAGAGCAAGACCGUCAUCUUCCUCGUCGACAUCUUCGGCUGGAAAUUCCCCAACACCCGCCUCUUAGCCGACCAAUACGCCGCCGCGGGCUUCACAGCCUACAUCCCCGACGUCCACGAAGGCGAUAGUAUCGACCCUUCCUUCUUGAACACCGUCGAGCCUCCUCUCCCUGAACGCGAAGCCCGCUCUACGGUCGAGACGGCGACUGCCACGGCCAAGAUCGGUGCCACGCUUGGUCCCUGGUUAGCUACUCAUCGCGAGGGUGUGGCGAGGCCGAUCAUCGAGAACUUCAUCGAUAAGGUGCGCUUCAUCCCGGGGACGAACAAAGUUGGCGUGAUUGGGUUCUGCUGGGGAGGCCGGUAUGCCAUCCUCGCCGCUGGAACACCAUUCUCGAACUCCAACUCCGCCGGAUCAGGGAAAGGUGUCAAUGCAGCUUACGCCUGCCAUCCGUCCCUCGUCUCCAUCCCUGCGGAUUUCGAGCCGGUCGUUGCGCCUCUUGCGUUGGCGUUGGGUGAUAAGGAUAGCUUGUUAGGAGAGAAGGAGGUGGGACAGAUCCAGGAAUUGAUGCAGAAGAAGAAGAGUGGGGAGCAAGGGGAGAAGUUGACGGAUAGUGAGGUGGUGAUUUAUAAGGACCAGAUCCAUGGGUUUGCGUUGAGGGGCGAUUGGAGUAGUGAGAAGGAUAAGAAGGCUAUGGAUGAUGCGGAGAAGCAGGGAAUUGAGUGGUUCAAGAAGCAUCUUAGUUAG